AUGUCUCAAGAUACCUGGACAUUCUCAAACACUGACUCUCUUUUGGGUUAUGCCUUUGCGUUCUACUUUCUAGAGAAACGCAACAAUGGGACGAGUAAGCACAACAUUCGGCUUUUGUGCCGUAACAAAGAUGGCUUAGAAGAACUCGAGAGACUUGGAGGGGAAGUCAUCGAGGUUGAUUACAGAAACGAAUGUGAUAUACAAACAGCCAUUGCGGGAACUCGUUUUUUGAUGUUUAAUCCGGAAUUCUCUGGUAAACGGAUUUGGGAAGCCAAGACACUCCUGAACGCCUCCAAAUGCGAAGGGGUUGAAUAUGUUACAAUAACUUCGUUUAUUGGGGUCGAUCGGGUGCUUCGGGAAAUGCACAAUAAUAAACAUGACUUCUCUAACAUGGUGGAGUACUAUCAUCUGGAAGAGCAAGUCAGACAUCUUUUUGGCGAUGACAAUCACUGCGUAGUCCGACUCCCCUUUUUCAGCCAAAGCUUGUACUAUUUUUCGCCAAUGAUUGAAAAAGAAUCGAUGAUCGGAAUGCCCGUUGAUACUAAAGCAAGAUGGCCGAUUCUUUCUUUGCUCGACGUUGUGCAAGGGAUGUAUCAUUUGUGGACGGAGAACCAGAUUAAGCGUUUGAACCACAUUGAAUCCAACAAAGCUUUGUUUCAAUUCACGUCAGCUUAUAACCAAGAUGGUAAAGGCCUUUCGAUAAUCUUUUCCGAGGUACUGGGACGUACUACCCAAUAUACUCAGAUUUCGGCCAGCAAUAUGCGCGCAUAUCUCCAAGAUAUUCGUGAAAAUGAAAAUUUCCAGGAGAGACCCUUUUCCCAAGAGAGUAAGGACCCGGAAAGACCGGAGAGAGAUGUGCCGUUUACGUUCCCGAUUGCCCGGUAUCUCAAUGAUAAUUACAUUGAUACUCUUCUUGAACUAUGGCUUAUGUUCGAUUGUGGAUUUUCUGAUAUUCUGACAGACGAUCUGUCGAAUGCGCUUGGAUACAUGCCACAGGAAUUGAGUAGUUUUGUCCAGAACAAUCGUGACCAGUUCCGCCGUUUGCAAUAA